AUAAGCACCGGGCGGCGCCGCGCCCGCCGCACAGCCGCGGAGCCGGCAGCGGGAAGGAGGCUUGGGGAGGACGAGGAGGAGGGAGGGGGGGAGGCGGGCAACACGGCGCUGCCCCCGCCGCAAUUCCCCCCUCGGUCGGGGUUGCUCCUGGCCCUGCUUUUUUUUUUUUUUAAUUUGCAGUUUUUUGUUGCGUUUUUAUUUGCAUUUUUACGCGCGUGGCAGUUUGCAUUUUUCUCGCGUUUUUGCUCGCAUUUUUACUCUCGUUUUUCUUGCAUUUUUACUGGCGGGUUUUCUUGCGUUUUACCCGAGUUUUGCUUGCAUUUUAUUUGCAUUUCUCCUCGCAUUUUACCUGCGUUUUGGUUGUACUUCAUUUACAUUUUACCCGCGUUUUAUUUCAAUUUUUUUUUUCUUGCAUUUUCCCCGCAUUUUGCUUGCAUUUUCUUUGCAUUCUACCCGCAUUUUCCCCACACUCCGCGACACUUUUCCUUGCAUUUCACUCCACUUUCCUCUCCCCCAAUUUGCAUUCCCCUCGAUUCACUUUUCCUCUCAACUCCAACCUCCCCCCCACCCCCGCAACUUUCUCCCCCUUUCCGCCACCGUGGCCUCACGGCGAUGAACAGCGGGGCUCUGCCUCCGCUCCCCCCUCACCCCUCCGCCCCCCGGGGCCGCCGGCGGCCCCCAUCCCCGGAGCUGCUGCGCUGCAAGCGCCGCUUGGCUUUCGCCUCCCUCCCGGGCACCGGGGGGGCCGCGGCGGCCGUGGCUCGCCGCAACGAACGGGAGCGCAACCGGGUGCGCUUGGUCAACCUGGGCUUCGCCGCCCUCCGCCAGCACGUCCCCCACGGGGCCGCCAGCAAGAAGAUGAGCAAGGUGGAGACCCUGCGCUCUGCCGUCGAGUAUAUCCGUGCCUUGCAGCGGCUUCUGGACGAGCACGACGCCGCCGCCGCUUUCCCCGACGGCCGCCCGCCCCGUCCGGGGCGGGCGGCCGUCGGGGAAAGCGGUGGCGGCAGCGGUGGUUACUCCUCUGCCUCCCCUUGCUCCUCCGAGGAGAGUGGUUACGAUGGGGAGCUCAGCCCCGAGGAGCGGGAGCUGUUGGAUUUCACCAGCUGGCUCGGGAGCUACUGAGCUGCCGGGAGAUAUACCUCAGGGCCCUUCGUCUUCCGUAGCAGCCAGCAUCACAUCACCACCCCCCUAAAAACCACCUCUUUCCCCCAAAUCCUCUCACCCAGCCGUGGUGGGACCCUGCUGGCUGCGUUCCUCGCCGGGCUCCGAGGCUCCCCGAGCUGAAGUGCAAUGAUGCUCACGACCCCGCUCCGGGGCAGCCCCAUGGAAAAAGGUGCUCACCUGCUUUCUCCAGAGAAAGAUGCCCGAGCAACUGGUGGAGUGGCAAAAAGCAAGAAAAACAAAUCUACUUGAUGCUUCCUUGUUUCUGGAGGGGGAGGGAAUUUUUUUUAUAGUGUCAGAUUCUGUUUUAUAUGCAACUUGAACUGCCUAUGGGAACAGUGGUGUAUGAAGACUUAUUUUUGUACAAGAAACCUUAGGGAAAAGGGUUGAGGAGACAGUUCUAUUUUUAGCAACUCCUAUUCCCUUGUUCUUGAACACUGCCAGCUAGAAUGUUUUGGCAACAUACAUGAUUUAGAUAAAAGGUGUUUUUUUUUUUCUCCUCCAAACACUAGUAAAAUACUGUAAAGUUACCUUGUGUCCUACAACGGUGUCUGAGAUUGCCUGGUGUGAAGGUUCACUUCUCUGAAACUGAAGUUUUUAAAAAAAUGUAUUGAAGGCAUUUUUGUAUGCACUUGCUAGGAUUUCUUAAGUUGUACAUAUGCAGUUUUUAAAAAGAGUAUCCUAUUUUAUGUAAAUUGACUUUAUAAAUAAAAUCUAUUUAUAAACAGUU